CUCGCUGUUUCGAAAAAGCUAAGUAUCGUUCUAUUUGUGUGCUUUUAAAUUGUUCUGCAGCUUUCUUUAUUACUUUCUCAACAUAUUUAGUAGUACUAUUUAACUUGCAAAUCACCCCGAUCUCUGUCUCUCCACCCCUCCCGCAGCUAGCUAGCAGCUAGCUGCUAAGCUAACGAAGCUAGCGCGGAGAAAGGCGUCGCCGGGCGCCGGUCAGAAGGAGUCUACUCCUGCACACCGUGACCAGGACUUCUCGGAAGACAGCAGGAACUUCACUCGGUGACAGAAAACACCAGAGGAUUCUUCUUCCAGUGAAAGUCUCCUCAUUCUCCGUCUGCCUUCCAAUCUCUUCACACCAGCAAAAGUUUGCCUCUUGGAGCGGACAACUAACUAGAAACUUCUUCAGUCUUUCCGCCACUGCUGAGUUGAGCUAAAGGCCACAAAGAACAAAAGCAUCACCAUGUCUGAAGAACUCAGGCUGGUUCUGGUGGGAAAUACAGGAGUUGGCAAGAGUGCGUCUGGCAACACCAUCUUGGGCCGCGAGCACUUCCGGUCAGAGGUCAGCUUCUCCUCGGUGACCCGUACAUGUGAGCAGGGAAGCACUGAGCGGCUACUGGACACUCACCAGAAAAGACCAACAAGAGUGAAGGUGGUUGACCUACCAGGCUUCGGGGACACUCACAUGAGUGAGGAUGAGAUAAAUACUACGAUAGCUAAAUGUUUGGCUUUCUGUGCUCCAGGACCACAUGCUUUUCUCUUGGUGGUGCCGAUAGGCCGUUAUACAGAUGAUGUGAACAAAGCUGCGCUAAAUGUAGCCAAGAUAUUUGGGGAGGAAGCCCUCAAAUCUCACACUGUGAUUCUUUUUACCAGAGGGGAUGAACUUAAGGGGAGGAGCAUUGAAGAAUACCUGAGAGAUGCUCCGGCUGACCUUAUAGGUCUGAUCAAAAAAUGUGGCGGCCGGUACCACUUGUUCAACAAUAAAGACCCCGGUAAUGUGGAACAGGUUGAACAACUCUUGAUGAAAGUGAAGAGGAUGGUGGAGAAGACUGAAACUGGGUUUUAUACCAAUGAUAUGUUCAGAAAGGCAGAGGCCAUCCUUCGGGAGGAGGAGAGGAAGAGCAACAUGGGCAGUUUCAAUAGUCAGUCUCCACCCACAUCUGGGAGAAACCCUCUCCCGUCUUCCCCAACUACAUUCUGGGAGAAGCUGAAGAACGUAGUGGCUUCUGCCUUUAUAGGCUUAGUUUUGGGGGCAGCGUUUGGCUUUGCUGCCCCCUUAGCAGCUUCAAGCAUGGCAUGUCUUGUAGGGUCUGCAGCCGUCGCAGCAGCUGCCUCAGGAGCAAAGGCAUUAGCAGUCGGGGCGGCGGUCGGUGCAGGUGUGGGUGGCCUCGUUGGCAUUAACUGCGGUCUUGAUGCUGAGAGUCCAAUGGAGGGCGUUAAGGAAACUGCCAAAACGGUCAGCAAAAUAGGAUGUGUUGCAGUAGGAGCUGGUGCAUGUGUCGGGGCUGCUGUGGGUGCAACUGCAGAAAUAGUUUCUGUUCUCCGGGGAACAUCUUCCAGCACAUCAGCAGUUGCAUCAGCUGGUGUGACCAGUGCCCCUGUUGCUCAAUCACGCAUCAUACCUGUAGUGAAGACCGUGGCAAAGGCAGCGGCAGGGGUAGCAGCAACAGGGGCAGCAAUAUCUUUUACAUUGAAAAUUGGUAAAAGAAAAACUGACAACUUGGAAGAAUUGUACGUGGAGGUGGAUUUUAAUAAAAAGAACCAUUGAAACGUCUCAAAUUCACCUCCAAUGGUUGGAUAGUUGACCACAAUUUUAAUGGCAACCAUUGGAGGGAGUUCAUACAUUAUCAAGCCAAUAUUGCCUUUCAUCUUGCUUCUAUUGAUUUGCACCUUUAGCAGGCAGGUCAUUUGUCCGUCCAUAGUCGCGAAUACGUCUUUUUUUAUCUCUGUAAAAAUAUUUGAAAAAUAUGUUCCGUUUUUCUUAGUUUUUUCCGACCUACAAUCAUUUUGAAACAAACGACAUGACAGCAAGAUAUUUGUUAUUUCAUGCUAUACAUUACGAAUCGCUAUUCAGAUAUAUUAAGUUAGAUAAUAAUAAUGAUUGUACUCUUUAUGAUUUCUGCACUUGGAUCAGUUAGAAGUGGAGAGGGAGUCAAAGAGACAGAAAUUGGCUAUCAAAUCCAAGGCAGAAUCCAGUAAAGCAGAAACAAAAAGGAAAAUGCAAGUUAUACACAAUCUGCUGCACCUGGGUGGGAAAAUGUUUUUUACCAUAGUGGGAGAGAUUUUUGAACAUGCUUAUUUUGAAUAUUGUUCUUUUUUUUCCCCAUGCAGUACACCACAACCUUGGCCUUUUGAUUUUCUUUUGGUGAAUGGUAGCAUUUGAAAUUGUAUGUUCUGAUGGCGAGCACCAAAUAAACCAUUCUUAAACCUUC